AUUUCCCUGCUGGUCUGAGUCAAUGUUUAAUCCCCAGCUCGGCGAAAAAAACAGCUCGAAAAGUGCUUUUUUCCUCAGCAAGUCUGAACCAGUCAGCCUGGUGCCUCCUCCCUCUGGCUCACACCCUCCCUCUCACCGCUCCGGAGGAACAUCCCAGCCUGCUCCAAGGUGCGAGCUGGGCACCCAGGGCAGGAGGGAGCCAGGCCGGAGCGGUGUCUGAACCCCCCGGGACGAGAGAGGAGCAGGGCAGAGCUGGGAAGUUUUUUUGGGGCGAUCCCGGUGCGGGCGGUGCUGAGUCCCAGGCUGCCGCUCCCCUGCCUGCCCCAGAGGCUGAAGUGCCCGGGAUGGGGUCCCCACACUGGAAGCGGCUCUGCCUCCUGCUCCUGGCGGCUUUAACAUCCUCCCUGCUCCUCUACGGUCACUACUACGCUACGGUGGAGCUACCCGGCAGCCAGAGGCUCGUUACCAGCCUGCUGCACCCAGAGACUUUGGUCCUUGCUCCUUGGGGGACAUCACACCGAGCUGGCAGCCACAGAUGGACCCUUGGGGGUGGCUCAGAGAGAGGGAAAUCCUUCAAGCCUUCUGCUGAGCUGGAGGAGCCCACACCCAGCAGAAAGCAGCCCAGCUCUUGCCUCCGCCCAGUGAUGGUCAGGGCAAAGGCAAACCCCAGGUUUGGGCAGAUCUUCAGCUUUGACACCCCUGUCUUCAUGUGGGACCAGCACUUCACCCCGGAGACCUGGGACAAGCUGAAGACACGACAUGUCCCCUAUGGCUGGCAAGGGUUGUCCCACAGAGUGGUGGGCAGCACCCUCCAGCUCCUCAACACCUCAGCCAACAGGCACCUCUUUGACAGAGCCUCCUUGCCCAGGGGCUGCGUCCGCUGCGCCGUGGUGGGCAACGGGGGGAUCCUCAAUGGCUCCCGGCAGGGCAAGGCCAUCGACGGUCACGACCUGGUGUUCAGGCUCAAUGGUGCUGUGAUCAAAGGCUUUGAGGAGGAUGUCGGGACCAAGAUCUCCUUCUAUGGCUUCACUGUGAACACCAUGAAGAACUCCCUCAUCGCCUACGAGGAGUAUGGCUUCACCCAGAUACCCCAGGCCAAGGACCUGAGGUACAUCUUCAUCCCUUCAGACAUCAGGGACUACGUGAUGCUGAAGGCAGCUAUCCAGGGCAUCCCAGUCCCCGAGGGCUCAGACAAGGGAGACAAGCCACAGAAGUAUUUUGGACCAGAGGCAUCUGCAGAGAAGUUCAAGCUGCUGCAUCCUGAUUUCUUGCAUUACCUGAGAGCAAGCAGGUUCCUGCGCUCGGAGCUCCUCAGCACGCAGUAUGGGACCCUCUACAUGCCCAGCACUGGAGCCCUCAUGCUCCUCACUGCCCUCCACACCUGUGACCAGGUCAGUGCUUAUGGGUUCAUCACCUCCAACUACGAGGAGUUCUCAGACCACUACUACGAGUUGGAGAAGAAGCCACUGGUGUUCUAUGCCAACCAUGACAUGAUGCUGGAGGCUGCACUCUGGAGGAGCCUGCACAGGGCAGGGAUCAUGACCCUCUACCAGCGGUGAGGAUGGGUGCUGGUGGCUCACGGGAGCAAAUCCAAGGACUCCUGUGGCUCUUCUCCUCCUUCCCAAAGGCCAUCUUCUCCCUCUGGAGGGCUCUUCCCAGCUGGCUGGCCAGCCCAAGGAGCAGCAGCCCCUCCACGCUGCAGCCAGUGGUGGUGGUGGAGCAGGGAGAGGGAAACGCUGGAUUUCCUCAGGGGUCUCUGGCAACUUGUUCCAUGGUUCCAAGGUGACUGAAUGUGGCCUUUGGGCACCACGAAGCACCACAGUGUGUGGCUGUGACCUACCAGUGCCAUGAACAUGGCUGGGGAGCAGAAGAGGGGAAGGGUGAUGCUGGAAGAAGAUGAUGAGGAUGUGUAUUUGUGGCAGCCUCUGGCUGGAAGGUGCCCCUGACCUUGGGGUGACACCCAAGCUCCAGCGCUUGUGGCUGUGGAGAGACCGCAACUGGGAUGAUGAAUCCUGGAACUGGAGAUCAUCCAGCUGCCAGGAAGGUGGUGUUGCUGGAGAACACCUUCCCCACAGACUGCAGAAAACCAGAGCCAGCUGUGGGUUGCUAUGUGCUGGUUUUCAGCAGGAUCUUUGCCUGGAUGGUCAGCUUGGCUGUCCCCUCCUGGGACAGAUGUGGGGGUCUCAUUUUCCCCUUCCCUACCUCAUGGUGUUUUCAAACAAGGAGAGGUCUUAAAAGCCACCAGCUCAGAGCAGGGGAACCACAGCUCAGCUGGGACAGCAGGAAAGUGGCUGAGCUGGAGCAGCCUGGAGCUGAGCUGGCGCACAGUCCAUCUGUGUGGUUUGUUGGGUUCUGCUUGCAUGAGCAUCAUGCAUGGGGGGGAAUCUCUUAAAUGCUUUGAGAAUGAAGACCCCCAGCAGGUGGGUAAGGGAACCUGCAGGCUCCUUGGGAGAGUCUCUUUGCCACUCUUUGUAUUCUUUUUUUUUUUUUUUUCUCCCUCAAAAAACCCUGAAGGAUGUGAAGGUCUUUAACCCUUCAGCCAUCCCAGUGCUGCUCCAGGGGACCUGCUGGGCAGGCUGCUCCUGCUGGCCAGAGGGUGGAUCCAGCCCAGCAGCAGAGAGAUGUAACCUGAGACACUUUCCCACUUUGUGUAAUUACAUAAAUGUUGAAUGAUUUGUUUCA